AUGCUGCAGACAGAAAUUUUCGCCAGAGGCCUAUUAGGGAUAACUUCUUGGACGCUUAUCGUAGGGGUUCUCUUAUUUAGCUAUGCUUAUCUCAUUCGGCUUGGGAGAACAACUACAAGCAAGGCUCUACGGGGAAUACGAGCUAAUGCCACCAACAUUAGAGAGUACGUUGACGGCUUAGUUGCCGAUCCUCUCGCUGCUAGGAAGAACCUGGAAUUUUGGCAAGAAGUUUACACGGUUACAUUGAAUGAUGGCCAAAAACUCAUUGUGAAAAGAUCGGCUUACAGAAUUAAUUAUUUUCGUAUUUGGAUUCAAGAACGGGGUUUUUGGUGGCUGGUCAGACAUAAUACUCGUAACGCCACAGUUGCUUCGAGCGUGGAACAAGCCGCCUUAGCGGAUAUUUAUUUAAAGGCAUGUGAUCAUGGUUCUCGGUGCUAUGGACUACAAGUAAUAAUAUCCAAAGCACUGAAGACCUACAUAGAAAACGCCGUUCCUCCUUUGAAACCACGCGAACAGAUGGAAUUCGCAAUCAAUUUUUUAAGAGGAGUUGGCUAUUUUCAUUCGAAAAAAAUUCCAAUGAUGAAUCUUAGUUGGGAGGAUAGAAAUUUUGCCGAGAUAUUGUCCAAGGUUGGGACUGUACUUCCGUGGGAACAGUACAGUAUUAUAGUUACGGUGAGACAUGAUGCUGGUAUAAUCGUCUCAUUAGACAUCAACCUCAAAGGUCGUAUUAAGCUCUUGAGAGAUCGAGCUAAAUACGAAUUUGACGAAGCGCUCGCUCGUAUCCGGAAGCGGCUGAGAAACUUCACGAUAGACUCCUCCUCAGAUGAAGAAGAGAACACGAAUUGGAACGAAAGGACGAAGACUAUUGAUACCAGCGGGGAUGAGAAGACUGUUGAAGUUGCGCAACAAUUGCUGGAAGAAUACAAUCGACAACGAUUCCAGCAAGGCAAGAAUGUUGCCAUAAAGCUAACAGAAUGUCUUGCUCAACAAGCGAGACGCCCUAUUCAGGUUGCACUACAUGAUUCGGCGGUGAUACUUUCAAGCGCGUUCGAAAGACGCGUCAAGAAAUUGGGUGAAGUUCGCAAGGCACUGGCUGCCCAAGUGCUUGCUUCCAAAUUGGGUAACAUUGACGUGAAGUGUUUUGAGCACAACGGGGGCUUCCUCUCCUUUGCUUCUCAGAACAGUUUGCAUCGCUAUCUUUAUGUCCAUGGACAUGAGUUGGGCCUCGAUGGAAACGCAAUCUUCAUAAUGUUUGAGGGUCAAUAUCGUCCAUGGAAUGAAAUUCGGCCACUUAUACGGUAUGCAGAACCUGGUUCGUCUGUAAUGGCGGGACAGUAUUCGCGCCUUGGGAUAAUCAAUAAGGGAGUCUAUGAGUGGACAUCCCUGGAGCCUUUUCUUAUAUCUCCAACCCCACCUCCUUGGGGGAAUCGGUACUUAUUAGAAAUAUGUUCCUGGAUAGUUGGGAAACCUCGCUUGACGGGAGAUCACACAUGGUUUCGUUUGAAGACGCCACGUGGGGAAUGGUAUUCCGUUGGGCAAUACCGGCCCUCUAAGAGAGGGUUCCACGAGCAGUUCGUCUUUCCUCUUCAGUCGCCAGACGUGUCGGAGUUCUGGCGGGGGAACUACACUGUUCUAGCCGUGGAAAUCACGGCAGAAGAAUUUGAAAAAAUAAAACUUAAAGUUGAGGGUGACCAAAGAGAUAAGGAACAUACAUACCAGGUGUUCCAAUGUAAUUGCACCUUUUAUGCGCGCGAUGUAGCGUUAUUGGCAGGUAUUGAUUUCCCAAGUUCUAUGCCAAUUAUCGGCCUCAUCGUCCGUGACGAAGAAUUUCUGGAGAAAAGUCGAAGGUUGCUCAAUAAUCCACAUACUCCUCGCUGGGUGAGACCGUUCUUAACUCGGGUGUGGGCCAUUUUAUUCAAUACUUUCGGGUUGUUGUGGGGUUCCGGGGUGAUAGACCGGGAGAUACGAGAGGACCCGAAAUUACAAGAUGUAGAGCCGUUUAUCAGGGGCUUCAGAGAUUUGUCCGACCCACAGAAGGUCGUGGCCUAUCAUCCAUUCAUACUUGGUCAUUACGUUCGGAACGAAGUUGAAAGCUGGCGGAGUGAGAAAAUAUCAAAACUGCAUCUCCAACGAGAUGCUCUCGUAAACCUCGAGCCAUCAUCAGCAAAGACUCGUGCUAUUGAAGAAAUCGACAAGGAAAUCGAUAACAUACAAUAUGACCUUCCUGAGAAAUUUCGUAAUCAAGCCUGA